GUUCUUGACGUCGUGGAUUUGCCACUGUAGAUUACAUGUGUUGCAGACGUGGUGGUGCACUUUCCCCCCUUCAUGCAUGUCAUUAUGUGUGCUGUAGGGCUCAGAUAGAUGUGGAGAUGGCAUGAGAUAACUGUGCUAAACUGUGCAACCUGACCAAAGCUGAAAACUGCUCAGCGUUCUGCAUGAGCUCCGAGUUGGACUAUCCCUAUCAUCUUCAUUCAAUCUGGCAAUCCGACCUCAAGCCAUACAGUGAAUUCGCGAGGAGAUCUAGUGCAAGCAACACCUGCAGUUCAAAACAAGCAAUCAAUAAAUGGCUGACAGAUUCCCAGUGGCAAAGGGGGCCAGAAAACGACCAACUUUGAGUCCGUAGCGAGUACCUGAGGCUUGUACCCUAUGGAAUCACGUAGACCGUGAUUAGCCAGUGUGGUGGUUCAUGGGUCUUUCUUCCACUCCUCGGUUCAAACAUCGGGGCGCCGGCCACCAUACAUUUUUUACUCUGAAACUGGUAAGCUGCCUUUAGGCUGAAUCCUCGCUCCGAGGAUCGGUCCAACAGGCAGCAGUACGGUAGAGAUCUACAUACGCAGCCAUUUGAAGGCAACAAGCAAAAGCAACAACCAUUCAUCAACCAUUCAUCCGCAUCAUGAUUCAAGCUCCAGCGUGUCCAGUAAAAUUGUCUGUUUGGAUAACCGUGACCAGCGUUUGCAUACUAGUAGCUCUACCGGAUUAAAAAUAUACGGGCUUUUACAAAAUUAAGGUUACGGGUUUCGGCUACCACCCUCCUUCUUUGACACCGAGACGAUGAGAGAUGAGGAGCAUUCACCCGCUUGCUUGUCGGCUCCAUUGCUCCAUUGAAGAGCUAAACCAAGAGUGUUGAAGGUGUUGUCCUUGUCAUCAUUAUCUGGUAGCUAGCUAGCCAGUAGUACAGAGGAGAGAAUAGAAUGAGUAGCAAAUCAACAGACGAUCCUCCCGCAAACAACAAUGUGUGGGCCAGUCUGCCAGUGCCACUGUGUGAUAUCUUCGUACAGGAGAUCGCACCGCAGUACCUGACAGUAGAGGAUUUGAUCCGCUUAUCGGGAUUAUCGCGUCGCUAUCGUGAGCUCUUUAGACCUACAAACAGCAGCAGCAGCAGUGGCUGUAGUUGUUCUUCUGGAACAAAAAUCCUACAAGCUCAGCUGCUGCGAGAUUCUUCUUGGAAUUCCACCGUGAAAAACGUUAGAACUCCUCAUUAUCGAACGAUCCAUCAAUUGCCCACCAUUGGCAGCUUGACACCAGAAGAAUCCAUUCGAGAAGAUCCCUUAUUAGUGGCCCAACUCAGAAAUGCAGCCUUGCGUCGUCGAGCUCUGGUACACAUUCGACUUUUCGAUACUACCCACCAGAAUUCAGAUUCUACUACCAACGCUACUACCAAUGCAGCAGACCAACAAGAAGAAGAAAACAACAAUAGUAUUGAUUAUUAUGAACCACUGGACGUACAACUGCAUCACAUCCUGUCCCAACACAAAGCCAAACGCGACACGGAUAUUAUGAGGAUUGCCCGCAUGUACCACGUCCCACCUCGAGCCAAUACCGAAUUUCUCUGCAUCAAUCGGUCGGAUCGAGAUGUGUGGUGUCACUUUAUUGAUCACAGUGGAAGACUCGCGAUUCGAGACGGGGAUGGCAUUUCCAGCAUGACACAAGUAACGCAACAACAAAAUGACGACUACUUGUCAUCCUUUGUAGUCCCUCCCGAUGGACGAUUACCGCAGAAUGUAUUCCGCCAUAUCAGUGCCCUAUCCCAUGCCUUUGGCUUUUGCUGGCAAGAAGGAGGACCUCCAUUUUUAAUUUAUCAACAGAAUCGAAGCUGGCAUCGUACGACCACGCGUGGUGUCACCAUGCCCAUUCAUGCCAUUGCAUUGCAUCCAGGUGGUGUCGUGGAAGAAUUGCAAUGUGGAAGCACAUUUACAUUUGAUCGGGGAGGUUGGUUCACGGCCGGAUUGUAUCAGUUUGUAGAUCGCAAUACGGGCCAACGGUUUGCCACGGGGGCGGCACAACAGCCAUUGCAGCAGGAGGAGGUCGUGGUGGCCAUGAAUCCGCGACGACAAGAACAAAGCGCAGAAGAAGAUCAUCCUGCAGACGAACAGCAACAAGCAGAACAACAACCACAUGCAGUUCAACAACAAUCCCACGCAGAGCAGCAUGCAGAGCAGCAACAACCCACAACGAAUGCCAACGAGGAGACACUACCUCCCAUGGAGCGAGCCAAGGAACUAGCCAAAACGUUUUACGGGCUUCACGUCCCUUCCAUUGAACACGAAUGCUGGCUAGGGUUGGGCGGUGCUCAAGAGGUGUUGGGAGAUCCCGCUGAUCCUCUCAAUCAUCCCACUGCCAUUAGCGCCGCGAUACAUCAUCAUGACAAGUUGCAACAGCAACAACAAUAAGAAAACAACGACUACAGCACAAACAACAAUGUUGACACUUGACAGCAGAUGAAGCAACCGAGGAUUGUUCAUAUUUCCAACAUCGUUUCCUUUUCGUGACGACCACAAACGCCGCUGGCACAGUACCAGCGGUCAGAGCUACCGGUAGCGGGCUGGUAGAGGCGGGGUUUAUUUGCUUCGCUUCAAUACAUUACGCGAUUGCACCUCACACCGACCCUAGUGACACUGGCUAGCAACGAUUUUCCUGGAGGAUGUGCAGCCUAAUAUUAACUUAAGGAUGUCCCACGGGGGAUACAGUGCGUUUUAGUUUUAAGAUUAUAUUUGCUCACUUUUUCGAAAGCUCUCCA